AUGCCAAUGUUUUUACCCGUCAUUCCAGAUGACGUCACCUUCCUCACCGACGAGGAUUUUGCGAAUGCCGACUUGCUGCGGAAUGCCACAAUACCAGCAAGCGUGACCCUUUCGCAGCAACCAUUUCAUCGCGGCGAUAUCCGAGGGAAAGCCGCGUGGCGCCUGCCGGCCUUCCAGAAAACAAAACGAAAGGGCGCGCGCCGGAAUGGUGUCAUUUCCGGGGUGAAAAAGUGGCCGACCGGCCGAAUCCCGUACGUCAUCUCCAGCCAGUACAAUGAGCGCGAGCGUGCCGUCUUGGCCAGAAGCUUUCAGGAGUACCACAAGCGGACCUGCAUCCGCUUCUCGCCGAGAAGCGCCUUCGACAAGGACUAUUUAUACAUAGGAAAAAUUGACGGGUGCUUUUCCGAUGUCGGGCGAGCGGGUGGGCGUCAAGAAUUGUCGCUGGAUGAUGGGUGUCUACAGUACGACACGGCCAUCCACGAGCUGAUGCACUCGGUGGGGUUCUACCACGAGCACGAGCGAUGGGAUCGCGAUCAGCACAUCUCGAUCCUGUGGCACAAUAUCGACAGGGAUGCCUACGAUCAAUUUGGGAAGGUGGAUCUGGCCGAGAGUUCGUAUUACGGCCAACCCUACGACUACCAUUCCAUUAUGCACUAUGAUAGCUUGGCUUUUUCGAAAAACGGGUACGAGACGAUGGUUGCCAAGCGUUCGGAGAUGACCUCAGUGAUCGGGAGCGCCAUCGAUUUUAGUCCGGUGGACCUUGUAAAGAUCAACCUGAUGUACGGCUGCACCGAGCAGUCACCCCUGGCCGCAAUCAGCAGCUCACAGAUUGCGCCAGCCGUUGUUUCGCCACCGCUUCCGGUUUCGGUCGGCCAGGUGAAGCCGAUCAUCACGAGCAGCUCGCUGGGGACGGCUGGGACGGCUGGUGCCAUUGGAAGCCUACUCGGCACCGUACUUCCAGGUGAUGGAGAGUGCCGCGAUCGGACGAAUCUCUGCUGGCGAUGGCUCGAUCGGUGCAAGUCGUUCUUUUUCGAGAAGAUCAUGAAGGAGUUUUGCGCCCUGUCUUGCGGCUACUGCACGCCGCUGUCCGUCUCACCGCUAUCGACAGUCGCCCGUGAAUCUCCAAAGCCUCUCUAUCAACGACUCGGACGA